AAACCCCGUAACCUUUCCAGUGACGUACCAACAUGCUGUACGUAGCACGCUUUGGUCACCUGAUCUUAGUGCAGUGACGUGGAACUGAUCAUGCAAGCAGGAAGUAGGUCAUCUAUCAACAUUUCAACAUGAUAACAGAAGAUACUAAUGAUGAAGACGUGUCUCUGUUUGAUGCAGAGGAGGAUGCAGGUCAAAGGUCAAAGAAGACAAAUAUUAACAGGUACCCAGUGGCAUCCUUCUUCCACCUCUUCUUCAGAGUUGGUGCCGUCCUCGUGUAUCUGCUCUCUGAGAUUUUCAGUAGCAGUUUCAUUGCCUGUAUGGUUACAAUCAUCCUUCUGCUCUCGUGUGACUUCUGGACUGUAAAGAACAUCAGUGGGAGGUUGAUGGUUGGUUUGCGGUGGUGGAACCAGGUGGACGAUGAUGGACGAAGCCACUGGGUGUUUGAGUCGAGGAAGGGUGCUGGGAAACAACAAGCAUCAAAUUCUGAGUCCAGAAUCUUCUGGCUUGGACUGAUUGUUUGUCCGGUCAUCUGGGUCAUCUUUGCUUUCAGCACCCUCUUUUCUUUCAAGAUUAAAUGGCUGCCUGUGGUGAUCAUGGGUGUGGUGUUACAAGGGGCCAACCUCUAUGGCUAUGUGCGCUGUAAAGUGGGAAGCAAGACCAGCUUAAAGAACAUGGCUACGAAUUAUUUUGGACGACAGUUCCUCAAACAGGCGCUGUCUAAAGAAGAGGAAUCGUAGAGUGCCACUCUGCGAUCUUAACGUUUGCAUUAUCUCAAUGCUUUAUUCUUUAGCAAGUGGGCAUGUAGAAAGAAAUCUUUUGGCAACAUGAACUGACAGUUACAGUUUUUGAUUUUUUUUUCUUUGUAAUGUGACAUGUGACUUAAUCAGUCCCAGUAGAAAGGGUUCACUUCAUUUUCACAGUAGGGUCAGAAGUCUGGUAGCUGUUUUCAGAACCUGAAGCACAGCAAUGAUCAGCAAAAAACCCUCAAAGUCUGACACUUCAGCAUAGAUGCAUGGAUGGAAAGGGUGUUUGAGAUGAAAAAGUGCUUGAGAUGUUACAAUGACUGUAGUUUGGUUUGUCAUGUAGUGUCACAUCUCCCACCAGCAUCUGAUUUAGUUUGUUUUCAUUGCCUGUUAAUCUUUGUAACACAGGGCAAAAGUAGUUUCUGAGAGGUAUUGUACAAGUUUGUGUAACAGACAGGGUUGUAAAGUCCAAGGGUGAAGUAUUCCAGCAGAGCUGUAAAUAUGUAUGUAAACAAACUAUGUGCAACAUCCUUUGUGCAAAUAUAUUUGUAACAUUUUA